CAUUUGUUAAUUUUACUGUCAACUUUAAACAUCGAUGUCAAUGGCAUAUAUAAUCCCUCGAGUGUCUACGAUGAACGCUCUUAUGAACAAAAGAAUUCAUUUGCAUCUCACGAACUCUCCUUUGGAUUAGCCGAUUGUUGGGAUUUGGAGAGUUAUCUACAAACUAACAUGAACUCCUCAAAGCAAGAAUCCCGAACCGCUGAGAACUUUAUAUCGCACUUAUAUACGUUUCGGGGAAAAUUCUGCGCUUCCUCCAUAAGAUAUCACGGAUUUUCAGCAGCCGGAAUUACUGAAGAGUCUGUAACUUCUGGAAAAGACGAAGUUACUUUAUUUCAGAGUGGAAAUGUAUCUACGACUGACAAAGAAAAAGACGAACUGGAAAUUAACACAUCACAGGAAAGUGGAGAAUCACAACUAAUCAACGUUGGAACAUUGAUCCCAGUAUGUUUAGUGGGUCUUGGAUUCUUGUCUCUUGUGCUUUUGAAGAUAUGCCUACAAGGCAGGAGUACGCAGAGACCUGAAUCGCCGAGUCCAGACAAUACGUCCGGUAAUAUGUGA